AUGGGGAGCGAGGGGGAGAUGAGCCUCUCCAAAUUCAAGAGGAUCUGCGUCUUCUGCGGGAGCAGCCAGGGCAAGAAGAGGAGCUACCAGGAUGCCGCGGUGGAGCUCGGGAAGGAGCUGGUGAGAAUGCCGGAUGGGGCCCUCUGCUCCUCCGUCUCUUUCUGCGUUUCCCUCCUGUUCUCUCUCUCUUUCUCUCCCUCUCUCUCUCUCUCUGUCGCGCGCGCGAGUGGUUGUUCUAUCGUUGGCGCCUGCACCGCGAUGUUGCUCGGUUCUUGUGAUGCGUUGCAACACGAAGAGAAGACUGUUCAUCAGUCUCGAUCGGGAAAGAUUCCGGCUCUAGCUUUUCACACCUUGCUUACUGAUCUGGUUCUUGUUCCUGCCCUCUUCUGUUCGGGAUUCCGAGUUCCUGUUGGACUCGCUGGUUCCAUGGCCGGCCCUGCUUGUUUCCCUUCUCUGCCCCACCUAAAUUCUUCUCCUCGGAUUCCCGUGCAUUCAACUGUUCCGGUAUCGUCUCCACUUUCUCCGCAUCUCUCUCUCUCUCUCUCCCCCCUUCCCCCGCGUGGCCAUCUCUGUUUCCCCCCUACAUUUUCGCUUGCGGAUGGCCGGAUGGCCGCCUGCGCCGGCCCGAGCAAAUGUGCCCAUGAACUUGUAGCAAGAUUCUUUGUACAAGCCCACUCAUCUCGGACGUAGCAGAGGGUGCCCGAGCCGGCGGCUGCCGUUGGAACCUAUCCAUUUUACCAUCUCCCCUAUCCUCUCCCAACCCCGCUCCUCUUCCUUCACUUGUGCUUUUAGUGCCCUGAACAACCGGCGGCCCCAUCGCCUUCCCUUGCGCGCUCAGUGUCCCCAGAAGAGGGAGCCACCAAGUAAAGCGUUCUCCCCGUUCCUGCCGCCAACUCUGCCGCUCUGUCCCUUCUAGUGUGCGCGUGCGGAGUGAGUUUUCUGUAGGAAUGCACCCCGUCUCUUCCAACUGUGGGGCGUCUAAAUCGACUGUUCAUCCGAUCGCCAACCCCCCUCUUUUUUUUUUUAACUGCGAUUGCUUGAUCCCGAAAACGCAGAGUUGGAUGCGUAAUUCGUCCUCGGGAGAGGGUGACAUGUUCUUGGUCCUUUCUACAUCGUAGCUGACCUUAAAACGGGUGCCUUCGAUGUGGAUCGCAGGUGGCGAGGAACAUUGAUUUGGUCUAUGGUGGGGGGAGCGUGGGCCUGAUGGGGCUGGUCUCCCAGGCAGUCUACGACGGUGGAAGGCAUGUCAUCGGGUAAGCCUCCAAUUUCAUAGCAUGUCGUCGUCUCCUUCCUUCCUCUUCGUCUACCUGCUCACUCCUUGCAUGUCUAUGUCUGAUUCUCAGGGUUAUUCCUAAGACGCUCAUGCCUCGAGAGGUACGAACCACACCUGCUGUUCUUCUCCUUGAAAAAACAUAGCUCUUAAAAUAUUCUUUCGAGAAUGACAAUCGAAGUACUUCCCGCUGGCGCGUUCUUCGUUAUUUCUCCUUCGCCUACUCCUACCAGAAAUCCCGGAGAGGGGUACAAAUGGCUGCUUGUCGGAAGGGAGGAGGGAUUUACUUCCCGGAGCAGCCCUUCCUCUCUAUCUUCCUUUAUUGCCCUGUGCUGUUCGUUAGCCCCCUUAUGGAAGAGCACCUCGUAGACUCCCUGUUCUCUCUCUCUCUCUCUCUCUUUCUCUAUCUCGUACGCCACCCCUCGGUCCUCGGCGGCCAGAAAGUGGUGACUUGAAGGUGCACUGAUAAGCGGCUGGUGUUGUUGCUGUGUGAACUGGUGGGUUUUUCAAAUGCAGAUUACUGGGGAAACUGUCGGAGAGGUGAAGGCGGUCGCUGAUAUGCACCAGAGGAAGGCAGAGAUGGCCCGGCAGUCCGACGCCUUCAUUGCACUGCCCGGUGAGUUCCUCCAACAUCUGCACCUCUCAACAUCUACACAGACUGAGCCGGCAGUCAUCUCGUUAGUCCCAAUGGAGGGCCUCGUCCGCCGGUAGCAACAGUCCCUGGAGGUAAAGAGGGCGGGUCGACUUGGCUUCGGAGGCUUUUCCCGUAUUUCGUGGAAUACAAGGCCGCGGUCUACGGCACGUCUGCGGUGGUCAUGCUGCACGACAAAUUUAGCCGGUAGGAAAGGAGAGGGCGAAACCGAAAGGGAUUCACGGACGUCGACCCGACGACUCUGCCCCCUCGUCCGGACAGACCCAGUCCGGAAAAGUAGAAGAUUCUCCGAGAUUCGUCCUCCACCCCCUCCUCGUCUGAACGUGGAGGACGACCGGGCAGCAGCCCCUCCUCUGCUCCUCUUUUCUGAUAGUCCGCCGCGCCCUACUUACCCUUUAAAGCGCAAAAGACGACUGCUCUUCCCGUCCGAGAACGUUUACUCUGCUGCAAACCCGAACUCCUCCCGACGAACAGUGGGGCGGAAUCAACCGACGCGGAUGGCGUCCGCGGGUGUGGUUCCGUUGUCACUCACGAGCUGCGAUACCACCUCGUUUCAGGAGGCUACGGGACGCUUGAAGAGCUGCUGGAGGUGAUCACCUGGGCUCAGCUCGGCAUUCACGACAAGCCGGUACGCAAGCAGCCCCUUCUCUUCCGGCGUGUCGGAAGCCAGAAGCCCUUUGCGCAGACGCUGUUGUUGGCAUUUGUAUCUGUGGUCUUACCGGGGUUGUCUUCACCGAGGCCUCCAGGUGGGGCUGCUGAACGUGGACGGCUACUACAACUCCCUGCUGACCUUCAUCGACCAGGCCGUGGAGGAGGGUUUCAUCAGCCCGAGCGCCCGCCACAUCAUCGUGUCGGCCCCGACGGCCAAGGAGCUGGUCAAGAAACUCGAGGUACGCGAUUGCUUACCCCCGCUCGUCGGAGCCUUAUCUGGCGGGGGAAUGAAUGACGCUGUCUUGCCGUCCGCAGGAGUACUUCCCUCGCCAUGAGAGAGUCGCGCCGAAGCUCAACUGGGAGAUGGAGCAGCUUGGCUAUCCCGCUUCCAAACUAGAGAUCUCCAGGUGA